UUGUGUUGAGACUGCUUGCUACUCUACCUGUUUGUUGCUCCUUCUAAAAUUCACAAUUUUGAAAAACUAAAACACACUUUCUCGAUCGCAACGUAACUGCUGUUGAAUCCUCAAUGGGUCUUCUCUCUCUUUUGCGCAAGUUGCGGUCCGCGCCGGAAAAAGAGCUACGCAUACUAUUGCUCGGACUGGACAAUGCCGGCAAGACGACACUACUGAAACAGCUCGCAUCCGAGGAAGUCACACAAGUGACUCCGACAGCAGGAUUCAACAUCAAAUCCGUUGUGUCGGACGGCUUCAAGCUGAACGUCUGGGAUAUUGGCGGGCAGAGCAAAAUACGUCCCUAUUGGAAAAACUACUUCGAAAACACCGACGUGCUAAUUUAUGUCAUUGACUCAAGCGACAAGAAAAGGUUGGAAGAAACCGGCGACGAGCUUACCGAAUUGCUUUUGGAUGACAAACUCAAAUCAGUCCCGUUGCUGGUGUUUGCCAACAAGCAGGACGUUGUUGGUGCCCUAAAGGCUUCCGAGAUUGCAGAAUGCUUAAAGCUGGUAAAACUGAUGGAUCGUACCUGGCAAAUACAGGGAUGUUCAGCUCUGCAAGGCACAGGAGUGAAGAGCCUACUAAUGCAAUCUCCCUUAAUCUGUAAUCUGAACUGCUUGUUUACGAUUGACCCAUCGAGUUUGACCAAGAUGAUGUUGGAUGGGAAGCAGCCCCGUCAUUACAACCACGUUCAACUGUUAAGCAUGUUUGCUCUUUCGGUUCAGAAUUACCUAGUACAAAAAACAGCUGCUUUCACAAACACAAAUCCUGCAUCAUGCAGUCAAAACGCGGAAAUUCACCACCCUGCACGGUACGGGGGUAUAGCUCCCCUCCCCGGACAUAUGCAACCCGAUGCAACCGACUUGACAAACGGUUGCUGAAAAGCUGACU